AUGUCUGGAGAAACCAAAUCUAAGGCUGGCACUUCCGGGAUAUCCUUUUUCUCACGUUCGAAACAGAAGGAAAAGAGGAAUACCAACGAAGAGGUGCUUGGAACUGAAUUGGAUAAGACAAAAACGAAUACAUCAAAAUCACCACGGUCAUCCCGGCAUACAAGAAAUUCUUCCUCAAUUAUAUCGACUGAUGAUAGCCCAAAUUCGCCUGGCGCGGAUCCAUCUGGCUUGAAUAUGAUGGCUGGUGUCAUGACCUCUAUUCCUUACGACAGUCUAGCGACAGAUGUCCGCUCCCCAAUUCCCGUAGAGUAUCUACCUAGAAGUGAUCAGAUGCCACAACGAAGAGAACCUCAACCCCAUCAACUAAAUAGAGCAACUGCUGACUAUCACCAAUAUCCAUCAUUUGAAACGCCACCAGGCUCAUCUAACGGAACUCCUCAGCCACCAGGAUCUCGAAGUAACUCGACCAUGACAAUGACAUCCAGCGGAGGUAAAAUUCAGACACAGCAAUGGGGCUCCGGAAGGGCAAGCGGAGCAAGUGCAUCAUCAUCUAUCUAUGGAAGGAGUUCAUUCGAUCAACCAAACGUAGAAUCAGCCACAGAACGAUCAAGUGUCUUCUCGGGAAAUUCAGCACGCACCGGUCUACCACACUCUCAAUCUAAUAGUUCUAUUUUGACCAACUUAUCGCCUUAUUAUUCUACGUUUAAGGAUACAAAUAAGCUCAUGAAAUCAGCCCCGUCAUAUGCACUUGAAGCUUCCAACACGAACAUACCUAGCGAUGAAAGAAUAAUCGAUGAGAAGUUCCUAUCCCUCAUGCACAAAAGGGGAUGGAACUAUUUACCGGAAGAAGCUAAGCGACAGAUGAUGGCAUAUCCUCCUGAAAAGAAGUGGACUUUAGUUCACCAAGAUCGGCUCACAAAAUAUCAAGGAGAAAGCAGAAGGACGCGUAUUGCACAGUAUGGAUCCAGUGGUCGCGAAGUAGAUAUGCUCGCAAACACCGAGGAGGAAGGAACACCAGAGUGGUUUGUGAAAAAAGUAAUGGAUAAUACCAUCACUGCGAAGCAACUUCAAAGCCUAGCCGUCAGUUUACGGACACAGCCUAUUGGGUGGGUCAAGAUAUUUGUCGAAUGUCAAGGUCAAGUAGCCCUCACCAACGUCCUCGGAAAGUUAAAUAGAAAACAAGCUCAAGGACCAGCUCCUGUAGAUGGCUCAAGCAGCGAGAAAGAUCUUGAACGGGAAUAUGAUAUCGUGAAAUGUUUGAAAGCGGUCAUGAAUAACAAAUACGGAGCAGACGAUGCACUUGCUCAUCAACAAAUUAUUGUCGCAUUGACUACGUCUCUCACUUCACCUAGAUUAACAUCUAGAAAACUAGUCAGCGAAGUGCUAACAUUCUUAUGUCAUUGGGCUGACGGCGAAGGUCAUCGCAAAGUAAUCCAGGCCUUGGACUAUGUAAAGACCCAGUAUGGCGAGAACGGGAGAUUUGAUGCGUGGAUGCGUGUAGUCGAGGUAACCAUUGAUGGACGCGGUAAAAUGGGAAGUCUUGUUGGGGCGAGUGAUGAACUUAGAAAUGGUGGUAUCGGAAUGGAAAAUCUCUUGAUGGAAUAUGCAGUUGCAAGCUUAAUUCUUAUCAACAUGAUGAUUGACGCUCCAGACAAGGACUUACAACUCCGCGUCCACAUCAGAGCCCAAUUUACAGCAUGUGGAAUCAAACGAAUCCUCACCAAAAUGGAAGGAUUUCAGUAUGAAGUUAUCGACAAGCAGAUCGAAAGAUUUCGAACCAAUGAAGCUAUAGACUAUGAGGAUCUUCUAGAGCAUGAGAAUAGUAGUAUGAAGGAUAGUAUAGAAGGAAUGGUGAAAGACCUUGACGAUCCAGUUCAGAUUGUUGAUGCUAUCAUGCAAAAGGUUCGGGGAAGUAGAACUCAAGAUUACUUUGUGUCAUCACUACAACAUCUCCUCCUACUACGAGACAAUCAAGGUGAGGAGCGUUUAAGAAUGUUCCAACUUGUUGAUUCCAUGCUCAGCUAUGUUGCAAUGGAUCGUCGUCUGCCAGACAUGGACCUAAAACAGAGUCUGAACUUCACAGUUCAGAGCUUGCUGGAUAAGCUCCAUACAGAUUCCGAAGCCCGCCAAGCCCUUGAUGAAGCCGUGCAGGCUCGACAAAUUGCCGAUUCAGCCAUUGCUGAACGUGAUGAAAUGAGAGCACAGAUUGAGCUUGGCACUGAUGGAGUGGUGGCAAAAUUGCAAAAGCAAAUAGAUGAACAAGCUCAUGUUAUUGAAAUCCAAAGACGUCAGACUGAUGCACUUAAGCUAGAUGUUGAAAAUAUCCAUGCCGUAAGGGCUAAGGAAGCGCAGCGUAAUGAGUUAGAGACAAGAGAGCUCUACCUUAUGCUCCGAGAUGCGCAAGAAAUCGCGGCCUCAAAUGCAAGUAAAGCCCGAACUGGCGUAUUGGCAGAUACAAAUGAGCCAAAAUCGAACGGUAUUAUUGAUCGUGAAAAACUAAUGGACAGGCUUGAGAUGCUAAUUGAGCGCCAAAAAACUCAGUUCAAGUUAGAAGGACGAACAUGGGCAGACCCUUCUGGUCCAUCUGAUAGACUACGGGCACUUCGUGAAGAGAUGGACGGUGUAGUACCUCAGUCUGAAUCCCAAACUAUACCAAGAAGCUACCAAAAUAGCGUGCUCGGCAGUGUUGUCCGGCAAACAAAAGUCGCCAGCAGGCAAAUAACUCCAGAUGGAAUACUGAUAGAAAACGAAAAUGAAGAUAGUAAAAUUCUCCUUGAGUCACAAGAAGAAGGAUUCAGGCGUCCCGAUCACUCACACGAACUAAUGGAUGAGAUGAAAGCCAAGGUUCGACGAUAUACCACAACCGAUGAUGAGACUAUGGGUACUGAUAUAUAUACCAAGAGGCCUUCGUCUUCAAGAAUCGAUCCAAAUAUUUCUCCUAUACCAGAGUCCAGGUUAAUCACGGAUAAUGUUGAUUUAUCAAAGAAUAUUGAAGUGAAUAAUUAUACAGCUACUAACACUAGCCUAUCUUCAACAGUUUCUCAGACAGAUGUGGCAAAAAAGCUUAAUGAAACGGCUCCAGAUAAUGACACUAGCACGUCAAAGUCAGGUGUUUCUAACGAAAUAGUAUAUAAAAUUACCGAUGCUAAAAUUGAUGCUACUAUUCUGGAUCCAUCUGAGCUUGAUUCAUAUGCGAAACUGAGUACCACAGUUAAAAAUCUCGAAACAGAAGUUACUAAUACAACUGUGACUGGUUAUCAGCGCGGAAAUGAAAUCGUUUCUCUGGCCGCAGGGCAUUCUGACGCGGUACUUAGAAAAGACUCCGAUAAUAUUCAAUCUUUGCCUCUUUCAACAAUCCCGAUUCCAGAACAAACCUCUGAAUUACGUGGCCCACCGCCUCCACCGAAAUCAUUGACUCAAAUUUCUGAAAUCAAUCCUCUACCACCACCAGCACCGCCGCUUCCACCAAUGCCUGGAUCUAACAUUUCUAGUAUAGCACCACCACCGCCGCCUCCUCCGCCUCCUCCUCCGCCGCCUCCUCCGCCGCCUCCUCCUCCUCCUCCUCCUCCUCCCAUGCCUGGGUCCAAACUGUCUAGUAUAGCUCCACCACCACCGCCGCCUCCGCCACCAAUGCCUGGAUCAAAGCUUUCUGGAAAAACACCUCCUCCUCCUCCUAUGCCUGGAAAGAUUCUCGGUAAAUUGCCUAUCACCAAACCUUACGGUGUAGUACCUGGGAUAGGUCUACCAUUCGCCCGCCCCAAGAAAAAGCUGAAACCUUUGCACUGGGAGAAAGUCGAUAGCCCCCUGACAACUCUUUGGGCAGCUCAUACUCCAACAGCUGCAGAAAAAGAAGAAAAGUAUGCUGAACUUACUCGAAAAGGGGUGCUAGACGAAGUCGAAAAGCUUUUUAUGGCGAAAGAAAUAAAGAGACUUGGUAAAGCAGGCGCAAAAAAGUCGGAAAAGAAACAAAUUAUAUCCAGCGAUCUUAUGCGAUCUUUUCGUAAGUUCUUUGUAACUAAUGAACAGAAUAUAACUAAAUUAUUCAGAAAUCUCGCUUGCUAA